CUCCCUUUUUUGCCCAGGCGUCUUUGUAUACGUCUCCGGCAACUUCUUUCUUUGCACUGUAAUCAGUCUUUCCUCUUCUCGAACAACUGUCAAAAUGAGAGAGUGCAUCUCCAUCCACAUCGGCCAAGCCGGUAUCCAAGUGGGUAACGCAUGCUGGGAGCUCUACUGCCUUGAACAUGGCAUUCAGCCUGAUGGACAAAUGCCGGGUGAUAAAACUGUUGGAGGAGGAGACGACGCCUUCAAUACGUUUUUCAGUGAAACUGGAGCCGGAAAGCAUGUUCCCCGUGCUGUGUUCUUGGACCUGGAACCAACCGUCAUAGACGAGGUCCGGACCGGGACAUACCGCCAGCUGUUCCACCCAGAGCAACUCAUUAGCGGCAAGGAAGACGCCGCAAAUAACUUUGCCAGAGGCCAUUACACAAUUGGGAAGGAGAUUGUGGAUCUGUGCCUUGACAGGAUCAGGAAGCUGGCGGACAACUGUACUGGGCUCCAAGGGUUUCUGGUUUUCCACGCCGUUGGCGGUGGUACAGGGUCCGGCCUAGGUUCUCUGCUUCUAGAGAGGCUCUCUGUCGACUAUGGAAAGAAAUCUAAGCUCGGAUUCACUGUUUACCCAUCCCCUCAGGUCUCCACCUCUGUUGUGGAGCCUUACAACAGUGUCUUGUCAACCCACUCCCUCUUGGAGCACACUGAUGUUGCAGUCCUCCUGGACAAUGAAGCUAUCUAUGAUAUCUGCCGUCGAUCUCUUGACAUCGAGAGACCCACUUACACUAAUCUCAACCGCCUUGUUUCCCAGGUGAUAUCUUCCUUGACUGCGUCUCUGCGUUUUGACGGAGCUCUGAAUGUUGAUGUGACUGAGUUCCAGACCAAUUUGGUCCCAUACCCUCGUAUCCAUUUCAUGCUUUCUUCAUAUGCUCCUGUGAUUUCAGCAGAGAAGGCCUAUCACGAGCAGCUCUCAGUGGCAGAAAUCACAAACAGUGCCUUUGAGCCGUCGUCCAUGAUGGCAAAGUGCGAUCCUCGCCAUGGCAAAUACAUGGCUUGCUGCUUGAUGUACAGAGGAGACGUGGUGCCCAAGGAUGUGAAUGCAGCAGUGGCAACAAUCAAGACCAAGAGGACAAUCCAGUUCGUGGAUUGGUGCCCAACCGGAUUCAAGUGCGGAAUCAACUACCAGCCUCCUACUGUGGUUCCAGGCGGAGAUUUGGCCAAGGUACAGAGAGCUGUCUGCAUGAUUUCAAAUUCAACCAGUGUUGCUGAGGUGUUCUCUAGAAUCGAUCAUAAGUUUGAUCUGAUGUAUGCCAAGAGGGCAUUUGUGCAUUGGUAUGUUGGCGAAGGUAUGGAGGAAGGAGAGUUCUCGGAGGCCAGGGAGGACUUGGCUGCUCUUGAGAAGGACUAUGAGGAAGUUGGGGCAGAGUCAGCUGAAGGAGAGGAUGAUGAAGGUGAUGAGUACUGAGCAUAAUUGCUUCAAAAAGCUUUUAUGAAUUCUGCCAAUGGGCUCAUUGGUCUGCAUUAGUGAAGGCAGUUAGAACUAAGCUAGUAUUUUGCGUUUCCAUCUUAUAGUGUAUUCCGCUUCAAGUUUAAUGAAUUUGAUUAUCUCAAAUCCAAAAUUUUCCAGCUUCUCUUGCUAGUUCUCUUCCAAUCUAAGUUGCUAAAAUUACAAUUGUCAUAUAAAAACAGAAUAUCCAU